GCAAAAAUGGCCGAUAAUGGGAACGAGGAGGACCGAAACGGCUACAUCAUCAACCGAACUCGAUUUGCCGCCGAUUUUCACAACAGAAAUGAAGAUUUAUCGGAAUGGGAAGAGAUGCGAGGCAUCGAAUGGGAUCUCAUUCUUCACAGCGACGGAGGCCAACUUUACACACAGCUGGUCACUCGUUCUCGGCUACAAUACGAAAUCCCAUGCAAAUUCCUGCUGGAAGCUCAAUAUGGACAAGUAAAAGUCGGAGAAAACUUUGAUGUGACAGUUUCUUCACGGAAUCAUACAUUCGGAAUGCGAAUUGACCAACCUGCUGACAAUGGAGCCAUCAAGAUUACUGCUUAUAUUGAUUUCUGAAUUUCCACUUGAAUUUAUGCAAUUUGUGAUAUAUUUUUAAUUGUAACUAUGUGUAUACUUUGAAUUAAUUUCUUAUUCUGUCGAUUAUCAGUGAAAUAUUGAAUUUU